AUGUUGGAUCUCUGUGUACUAAAACUCAGCAACUGGCCGGCAAUUGGUAUUGUAGAUCGAGACGGCGUGAAGCUGAGACAGAAUCCGUUUACACAUGCUCUUUACGGACAAGACCCAUAUGUACCCCAUAUGCCCGUCAGCUCGGUAGCAGGCCAGGAUCAGGAUGGGUUGGAGAAGUCCUACAGGUACCAGGCCGUUCCGAAUAGGGGAUGCGGCCCGGACGAGGAAGGACCCAGAAUGGACUGCCGGACUGACUAG